AUGCGGCCCGGCUUCUCGCAUCCCGGAGCCCUACGUGCUAGAGAAAAGAAUUUCUUCAUUAUCUCAGGGGUAUGUAAUUUUCGCUUCCAGCACAAUUGUGAUGUGCCAUUGACGACGGCCCAGUUGCCAUUCAACUACACAUGGCGCGCCUUGAAGGACCUCGUACGCAACUACACAAUCAACCAACCGGGCUGGACUGAGAUGGAUGAAGGCUCUUACGGCACAGAAGGUCGCAAAGGUUAUUUUAGCGUCAAGACGGAUGAGGAUGCCGCGAAUUUCCCUGAGUUCAGGGAUUCUGGCCGACGUCUACUGGUCCACCAUUGGGACGCCUCGCAGACGCAACCUGUCCUGCUUCGCUGCAACUGCUCGGCUGUCUUUCCGGCUGCCACGAGGCACUCUGACAGGGAGUCCCAAGUUACCGCCCAGUUUGUCAACUCUGCUCUUUACCAAUCAGAGCAUAUGCCUGUCCCGCCGGGUUUCGCAACAAUGUCUCAGUCUUAUCCGGCCAUGACUGCUGCGACAAGCGGCCCGAUGCCAAUGAUGCACGCACAGCCCAGUCAUAUGGUGCAUCAGCCAGCAUACUAUCUCCAGCACCCGCCGGCAACGCCCGUCUACUCUCAAGCUGGAAUCCCGGUGAAUGUCAGAAACGGAGCUGUGCGCACUGAAGCGCGUGGCAUUCACAUUAGAGGACUGAAGUAUACAGUUACAGAGGCAGAGCUUAAACAACUGCUCGCCGAGUCUGGCAACCCUUUACGGAUCGAGCUCAAGAAGGGAUCGGCGACGGUCAGAUUCGGGUCGAGCGUGGAGGCUGACCGGGCGAUUGAAGGGCUCAACGGAUUCGAAUACAAGGGCAUGGAACUCUCAGUCCGCUAUGACGUGGACAGAACUCCAGUUUCAGAGCCUGUCAUUGUGAAUGGCGGGCCGCAUCGUGUAAGUCGGCGCCACCAGAACAACGUCAUUGUCAAGGACUGA